CUUUCAAAGACCCACAACUUCUUCUUCUUCUCCAACCUUCAAACCUCCAUAACUUCAUUAAUUCUUGUCCAAACUAAGUGAAAUCGGAGUCUAUCUUGACUAAUUUUUCACGUAGUUUCUGAUUUUGCCAAGAGAUUUACAAGAAAACGCAGUUUUUGGGUCCGAAUUCCAAACCCUAGUCCGAAAAUUUUUGGGGGUUUUUGGAGUUUUUGUUUCACAAGCACUUUAGCAUCUUCAAAACAAGGAAAAUGGUUAAGACGAAAGAAAAAGCGGGAUCUAGUUCGCCAUCAUCGAAAGGGAAAGGCAAACAAGUAGAACAACAACCGCGAAAGAGACAAUAUUUGGGCCGAGUGGAUGAAAGUGAAAGUGAGGAAGAGAUAGAGUUGGACCCGACUGAAAAGCCGAUAUGGAAUUCGGGUCCAUUAGAUGAUCAAGCCGAGGAGUGGCAACCGACACUCUACCAUGACAGCAUGAAUAAGUUGAAGAACAAGGCUGCUGCAUUCAUUUGUGAAAGAGAAGUUAAUGAGGUUCAAUUUGGCCAGUUCGGGGUGUUUGAUAAAUUUCGCGCUCUAGGUUGGGAGGGGGCGCUUAGUUGUUAUGAUAAAGAUAAAAGCAACCUGUUUAUGACCGAAAUUCAAGAGUGGGUGGCAACUCUUAAGGUUAACCAAUAUGACAGGCCAUCGCAAAUGAAGCUAACGGGUAUUGUGAAUGGAAUUCCAGUGGAGAUGUCUUUUACCACAUUGAAGAAAUUGGGAAAAUACGACAGUCUACCGGCUAGUGAUUAUAUGAUACCGACUCUUGAUGACCUCUUGAUUAAACCGGAGAAACAUGUUCGAUGGAAUGAUAUGUUGGCAGCAAUAUUUUUAGUUUUUUACCUGGUAAAUAUAGUGGUAUUCUAUACUGGAAGAAUUUAAAAAUAGAAACUAAAUUGUUGUUAGCCAUAUGUGUUCUCAACGUUAUUCCACGAAGGGGAGACAAGGAGCAGGUGAGGUUUCCCGAAGUACCCGUUCUUUACACGCUAAUGCAUGGGUCUCCGCGUUUUCCGAUACGCUAUCUGAUCAUGAACCACUUAUGGAUCUGCCGGAAUAAGUAUGGAAGAGACAUCGUCCCGUAUUGUCGAAUAAUUACGGGGUUAAUGAAACAACAAAAGGCGAUAACAUCUGAAGAUCGAGGAGCAACAAAAAGGCAUCAGCCUUUUACAUUGGAUAAGUUGGGGAUUGGGUGGUCAUAUACACAAUCGGAGCGUUAUCACAAGUUAAAGUCGGAAGGGCAAAGGUGGAGGGCACUAAAGUUGGGUGCCCGAGAUUUGUUACCGGGUGAGCCGGACGAGCCAGAAAGUGAUGAAGAAGUAGUUCCAAGUGGAGACGAAGACUAUGCGGACGAGCCGCAUGGUGGUGAAAAUGUUGGUCAAGGGGGUUAUGGUAGAGGUUAUGGCGGCAUGUUCUAUGAUUAUACGCAGCAAUCUUAUGUGCCGGGAUGGGCUUAUGAAGGCACAAUGCAAGAAGUGAUUGAGAAUCAACGGCCUCCGGCAUCCGUGUUUGAUACGUGGUCGGGGGCGGAGAGGACGUUGUAUGAUCAAAACACGAGGUGGAAACGAAUAAUCGGUAUUAUGACGACCAAGAGAGGAGAAUGCACGCUGAUUAUCAUGCCGGGCGGCCGGUGGUUGUGGAUCCACAACAUUUGGAUUAUGCGUCUCUACCACCGUAUGAUGGUAGUGUUUCGUAUCCAACCCCGCCGAUCCACCACUCAUAAUGGAUUGACCCAAGGCAACAAGAAGGAGCACAAUAACAACAAGGAGGAAGUAGUAGUAGCGGCUCAUUUGCAUUUGGAGAAUGGAACGACAUGAUGUCUUCCAUCUUUGGACCUCCGGGACCGCGCUACUAUUAGUAAGGUUGUGUUUCUCCUUUGUAUAUUUUGUGCAUAUGUGUUAGUUUGUUUUGUUUUGUUUACGGUUGGGCGGUUGGGUGGUGUAUGAUUUUGUUCUUUUGUUGGGUUGGUGCUUGUUGGUGGUGUCAUGUUUUAAAAAAAAGAAGAAAAACAUAAAAAAAAAUUAUAAAAUGAAAAAUCCAAAAAGAAAUUUGGGGUUUGAGUGAA